ACACCUCAUGAAACAUUAACUAAAAAACGGCACCUCAGCUCAAAACCGUCACAACUCGGGACUUGAGAUGGAUAAUGUCAGGAAUUUAGUAGUUUGAUAGUGGCUAUUUGGUCAUUUAAGCAAGCCAUUGGCAUUUGGCAACCUCGCAUUAAUAAACAGUUGAGAUGUAUAUAUGUGAAGAGAUGUACUAUUACGUGUGCUCCAAGCGAAAGCCAAGUCAGCCCCACCCUCUACCUCUCGCUCUCUCUCUCUCUCGUCCCUGAAACUUCUCCAAAGUGCAUGAAUUUCUGGCACAGAUGCGAGGUAGUUAAGCCCGAAAUACUGUCGUCAGGACGAAACGAAAAAAGGGAGGCUCUUUGGCGUUGGUUUAUGAUUGUGAAUAGUUUGGUAGAUAGAUAGAGUUGGGUUUGUUUUGGCUUGGUUGGAAUUGGUGCUUUUCAGCCUUUGAGGUGGGAGUGAAUGGGUGGUGGAGUGGGUUAGGGUUAUUGCGUGAGCUGUUAGUGGAUGAGUUAAUCAGAGAAAAAUGCGUAAGUCUUUCAAGGAUUCCCUCAAGGCCCUCGAAGCUGAUAUUCAGUUUGCCAAUACCCUAGCUUCUGAAUAUCCGAGGGAAUACGAUGGUGGCUGUCUUCAGAUGAGAUUAUCCUACUGUCCAGCUGCUCAUUUUUUACUCUUUCUUGUUCAGUGGACUGAUUGUCACCUUGCGGGUGCCUUGGGUUUGCUUAGAAUUCUCAUAUACAAAGCAUAUGAAGAUGGGAAGACAACCAUGUAUAUUCAUGAAAGGAAAGCCAGUCUAAAAGAUUUCUAUGGGGUAAUAUUUCCCUCUCUAUUGCAACUUCAAAGGGGAAUCACUGAUGUGGAAGAGAGGAAACAGAGAGAAAUCUGUGCCACCAAAUACAAGAGAAAAGAUGAAACGGACAAAGGCAAGCUCUCUGAAAUUGAUUUAGAGAGAGAAGAAGAAUGCGGUAUUUGCAUGGAGAUGAACAGCAAGGUCGUACUGCCGAUUUGCAACCAUUCAAUGUGUAUGAAGUGCUACCGAGUUUGGCGAGCACGAUCUGAGUCAUGCCCGUUUUGCCGGGAUAGUCUCAACAGACUUGACACAGAUGACCUUUGGAUCUACAUCAGUAACAAUGAAAUUGUUGAUUUGUUCACUAUCUCCAGGGAGAACUUGAAGAGACUUUUUCUUUACAUCGAGAAGUUUCCUCUUGUUGUUCCAGAUGCCUUCUGAUCCUCAUCACAGGUUGACUGAUUAUAUGGGCAAGGGCUGGGAAACUUCUUGUAUAUAGAAACACCUUUGUCUAUUGUACAUAAUUCUUGUCUCCCGCAAGACACAAUUGAAGCUGUAAAUUGUUUUCAGUACACCUCUAAAGCAAGUACAUAAUAAAUCAUUUGAUUUUAUUCAUUUUAUUA